AUGGUGGCGAAAAGAAAGAAAAUCGUAGAAUAUGAAAAUGCUGCAGAAGAAGAAGCUGAAACUUUACAGACCGUAACUUCUCAAAUCACAGUUGCUUUAAAUGCAGAAUAUGAGGAAGAGCAAUGCGCUUGCUACGAAGAUGAUCCUAUCGUCUUACCCACCAUGAGCAAGGAAAAACUGCGCAAGUAA